CCAACUAAAAGGUUCAUUGUCAACGAUUUGCAUUCCACGAUCACCGACAUACCUUCUCCAUCUCAUAUCUGACCUAGUACUAUAUCAUUGUUCUUAUGUGCAUUAGUGUUACUCAAAGCGGUAUUCACAAUGGCUAUGAAUCGUAUUCCCGGUCAGAAUAUUUAUAUUGGAGGCAUUUUCUCGCUUAAGAACAAGGCAGCAUUGGAAAGAGCAAACAUUACCCACAUACUUUCGGUAUUACGCCUGCAACCACAAGAGGAGACAUUUGCAGGCUUCCAACAUCACCGCAUCGAUGUGGACGAUGUCGAGGAUGAGAACCUUCUAGAACAUUUUCCGUCCGCCAUUAAGUUCAUCCAGUCUGGAUUGGAUGCUGGUGGGGGCGUCCUGGUCCAUUGUGCGAUGGGAAAAUCCCGUUCAGCCACCAUAUGUAUCGCUUAUCUACUCCACCAACAGCCAAGCGCACUGUCGCCGCAGUCCGCUCUUGCUAUUAUUAAGGAAAGUCGGCCACUUUGUGAACCAAAUGAUGGGUUCAUGAAACAGCUGUCGAUCUACCACCAAAUGGGCUGUUCAGAUGAUGUGAUCAGCCAUCCGCUAUAUAACCGUUGGCUUUACCACCGCGAAGUUGAGGAAAGUGUAGCAUGUGGACGCGCGCCGGAGAUGAGUUCCGUGUUAUUUGAAGACGAACAAUCUCACAAACCCCAAGACAAUACGGAUCGAACGACGGAAAUUAAAUGUCGGAAAUGCAGGCGAAACUUGGCGACCACGCCAUUCAUCAUACCACAUGGCCCGCAAAACGGUGCAAAAGGACCAACCGACUGUGCCCACAUUUUCUUACAUCCCUUAACGUGGAUGCGCCCGUGCCUGUUCCCUAACAGUGAAGAGGAUGGUGCACCAUCUGGGGAUGCGCCCCUGUCUGGUCGCUUGACUUGUCCGAACACUUCGUGUGGUUUUAAUAUCGGGAAGUUCGCAUGGCAAGGUAUGCAAUGUAGCUGCGGCGACUGGGUAGUUCCCGCAAUUGGCCUUGCGAAGGCUCGAAUCGAUAUGUCCCAGCGUGUCAAUGUGGGAAGGUUACCUCCAGCUGCCCUAGGCAUCCGACUGCCGCCUAGUAUGAGGCCUAAUCCUGCGGAUGGUUCCACAAAUGGACGGGGCAAUCUCUAAGUUUAUGACGGUGACUGCGCCUCAGGGGAGACUGACACAGUGGAGACUUCGCAGAUAAAUGCCACUGCCAUCCAGCGUUUGAAUGACCGACGAACCUCACAUCACGUGACGCAGAGGCUUCCAUUUACAGAUCGCCGUGAAGACUGGAUGCUGUACGCCUUCGUCUACUUGGCCGAAAUUAAACUAUUUCCCGAAGCGGUGUAGGGGAAAGGGCACUGCGACGACGCCUUUGAGUUAAAUAAAGUUGGGCCUUGCGUGUACGCG